AUGAGUGGUAGUGUGGAGUCUGUGCUUUUGUGCUGUCCUAAGUGCCGCACCAAGAAUAUUGAUUUUGAGGUGUAUGACUACUUUGAUAAAUAUACAUUUUUAUGUGAGAUGUAUGACCCGGAUGACGAUGAGAUACUGGAACUGGUUUUGAACUAUUUCCCAUUCGAUAAUUCUGUGCAGGUGUUGUACCCGGCGAAGGGUAAAAUCCUGCUGAAACGAGUCCAGUUGCCCUCGCUGAAGAUCGAGAUGCUCCAGAUCGGCAACAUUGUGAACAUCUUCUCCAAGUUGCUGCACAUCACGGACUGUGCGCCGGCCACCAGGAAGACGCUGUUCCGUGAGGUGGAGAGCACGUUCGCACUGAUCAAGCCCGUCCCCCCUCACAUGCACGGCAAGAUUAUAACCUUCAUUAUGAACAAGGGGUUCCGCAUUGUCAACAUGAGGAACACCAAAGUUACCAAAGAGUUCGCCAUGGCGCUCUACGCGGACGUCGCCGGACAUAAGUUCAUGCCAAUAAUCAUAGACUACGUAACCUCAGGGGAGGUGUUGGGCUUGGAGCUGGUGGCCCCGAAGGCGGUGGAGCGGUGGCGCGAGUGCAUGGGGGCCACCGACCCGCAGCUGGCGGCGCCGGGCACCCUGCGCGCCCUCUACGGGGAGAACAUCUUGAAGAACAUCGCGCACGGGACCAAGACAGCCGCUGAGACACAAAAGAUGUUGCAAAUGUUCUUCGGGUUGGAGCAAGGUCUGCCCAAGCUGCCGUACCGCGCGACGUUCACGCGGUGCGCGUGCUGUGUGAUCAAGCCGCACGCGCUGGUUGACGGGACCGUGGGCGCCAUCUUGGAACACAUCGCCACCUCGGACAACCUGUACAUAUCCGCCAUGGCGAUGUUCACAGUCACUCUCUGCGACGCCGCCGACUUCUUCGAGGUUUACAAGGGUGUGCUGCCAGAAUACGAGGCCAUGUACAUUCACCUGGCAGAAGGAAAGUGUAUUGCGCUGGAAGUGAAGGGUAAGGAUUCGAGUAUCGACAGUGUAAACGAGUUGAGAAAGCUGUGUGGACCGAGGGACCCUGAGUUCUGUCGCCAGCUGUAUCCGGAGUGUAUCCGGGCUUUAUAUGGUAAGGACAUCGUCCACAACGCGGUGCACUGCACCGACCUGCCAGAGGACGGCGAGCUGGAGGUGGAAUUCUUCUUCAAGCUGCUGGCCAACCAGAAGGUAGCCAGUUAACAUGCACCACCUCCCACAAACACAACACAGUUGUCUCGACCAUUACAGACGGCGAUACGGCUCACCUACCUAUCACGUUGGUCUAACAGAAAGCUCGGUGAGGUGUGGGUACUUAGUUCAUCUUGCCCCUGACUGCCCCAAUUGGGAUAUGGCGUGAGCUUAUGCCUGUGUACACCCGCUUGCUCCUCAAGAUUUAUGUUGGCUCGACCAUUAUAGACGGCGAUACGGCUCAUCACCAAUGGAGCUGUGCGGAGGUGAGCGGAGAUUUGCAGGAUUCGACCAAUCAACGUCGACUCUCGAACGCUGUGAUUGGUCAAAUCCGCACAUCUCCGCUCUUCUCCGCUCAUCUCCGCGUCUCAGUGGAAACCCGGCCUAACAGAAAGCUCGGUGAGGCUACAAGUUUUAACAUAAGUACUUACAUUAAUGACAGAUUAUAAAAUGAUCCUUACUUACUUACUUUUUUUAUAAGCAUGACGACG